UCACAAACAUUUGUGUCCCCCAAAAUGGCGAACGUAGCUGCCGCUGCGGCUGCAGCCGCCGCCGCCGCCGCUGCCGCAAACAGAGACCCAGCCGUCGAUCGCUCAUUACGGUCGGUGUUUGUGGGGAAUAUUCCUUACGAAGCCACUGAAGAACAGCUGAAAGACAUCUUUUCUGAAGUCGGGCUUGUUGUCAGCUUCAGGUUAGUGUAUGAUCGAGAGACCGGGAAGCCAAAGGGAUAUGGCUUCUGUGAAUAUCAAGACCAGGAGACAGCCCUCAGUGCCAUGCGGAACCUGAACGGGAGAGAGUUCAGUGGUCGAGCUCUCCGUGUUGACAACGCAGCCAGCGAGAAAAACAAGGAAGAGCUGAAAAGUUUGGGAACUGGAGCUCCUAUUAUUGAGUCUCCUUAUGGAGACACCAUCCAGCCACAGGAAGCCCCCGAGUCCAUCAGCAGAGCCGUGGCCAGUCUGCCUCCUGAGCAGAUGUUUGAGCUGAUGAAACAGAUGAAGCUGUGUGUGCAGAACAGUCCCCAGGAGGCGAGGAACAUGCUGCUGCAGAACCCUCAGCUGGCCUAUGCUCUUCUUCAAGCCCAAGUUGUCAUGAGGAUCGUGGACCCCGAGAUAGCCUUGAAAAUGCUCCAUCGUCAAACUGCAGUUCAGCCUCUGAUUCCUGCCGGGCAGGGCGGAGGAGCACCACCCGCCAAUCCACCUGCUGCGCCGCCCAGCUUGCCUGUGUCUCAGCCUCCGCCUGGUCCGGGAAUGCACGUCAAUGGAGCCCCUCAAAUGAUGCAGCCCCCCAGCAUGGGUGUCGCCCCAGGGCCAAUGCCUGUACCGGGACCUGGACCUGGACCCGGACCAGUACAAGGACCAGGACCUGUGGGACCUCCAGGAAACCUUCAGCAUUCUCCCACAGGAGCGUCUGGGCCAGCUGCUAUCGAGCGGCCUCAAGGACCUGGAGGUAUCCCGCCCAGAGGCCUGUUGGGUGAUGGUCCUAAUGAUCCCAGAGGAGGGUCUCUUCUCUCGGUCACUGGAGAGGUCAUGGACCCCGGCCGGCCUUACAUGGGAGCUCCUCCACCUCACCAAGCCCCACCUGUACACAUGGCCCAGAUGGCAGGGGGACCCCCUCCAGAUAUGAGAGGACCUCAAAUGGACAUAAGAGGCCCCCCAAUGGGUGAGCCUCGAAACAUGAUGGGUGACCCCAGAGGGCCCCCUAUGAUGGAGCCAAGGGGACCCCCCAUGGAGACCAGAGGGCGGGACCCAAGAGCGAUGGACGCUCGCGGCCCAGUGACUGGGCAGAGGGUUCCCAUGGCGACUGGAAUGCCAGGCCCUGUUCCUCAUAGCAUGGGCCCCAACGCUCCUCCUCCUGCAAGACCGGGUCCUGGUAUUUCGGGCGUUCCUCCAUCUGGAGGAGGUUUCAGUCCUGGGCAGAGCCAGGUCUCCACACAUGACCAGGAGAAGGCGGCCCUAAUUAUGCAGGUCCUGCAGCUGACCCCAGAACAGAUCGCCAUGUUGCCCCCAGAGCAGCGGCAGAGCAUCCUUAUCCUCAAAGAGCAGAUUCAGAAGACUGCAGGAGGAGGACCUUGAUGGUCUGACUGUGGAAAAACCCUCAGAGAGCCUUUCAGGACAGACUGCUCCAACCUGUCACCGUGAGCUUGAACCGGUCUGAGGACGUCUCACUAGUUUGGAUUCAUGUAUAGUUUUUUAAAAAUCUGUUGUCCAUUUCCUGUAUGAGAGAGUAAAGUUUGUGCUGGUGGGUUCAACAUUUAGCUAAGCUGUUGAGCAGAUGAUGAACGCACUACAGUUCACUACUGGAUUGUCAAAAGGCUUCUUUCUAUUCCUCCAAAGUCAUUUGACUUCUUUUUCUUUUUUCACCUUUGGCUCCAGAAAAUGUAUUGAUAUUGUUUUGUCAAUAAAAUAAACAUAAAAAGACA